AGUUUUUCCUCCCUCGUGCAACAUAGAAAAGAAUUUUCUUUCUUUAAAUUACCUUGCGGGAUACCUGCAACCAAAAACAGCAGAGGGGUGCCUUAUGUCUAACUUAGUCCAAGAAAGAGAAGUUCAUAUCAUUGAACUAAUCACUCCAAAUUCCAAUCCGUACAGUGCUUUCCAGGUGGAUAUAAUCGUUGACAUUAAACCAUCUCAACCAGGCGCCAAGCUUGUCAGAGACGUCGUACUUAUCCUCAAGUGUAAAAAGUCUGUCAAUUGGGUUAUCAAGUCACAUGAUGUCCAGGGAAAGCUGGAAGUGAUUACAUCGAAUAGUAUUGGUUUUGGAAAGGAAACAGAACGAUCCAUGACUAUGAGUAGAUCAGUAAUACCUGGUAUUCCCUCAUCGCAUGAGAGUUUGAUCAGGUGGGCUUAUGAGCAUAACUACAGCCCAGUUACUUCCUACACAAAAGCCCCUGUUGCUAACAGAUUCCAUCUGCAACUUGAAGAUACAGAAGAGAUGAAUGAUGAAGAAGACCAUUCCCUUCCUCCAGAGCUGACAGAAUUGCUGGCUGCUAACCCACUGCCUGCUCCAAAGAAUCCUGCAUUAAGUGAUGGCCUGACUUUUCCUUUUCACAUUAACAGAGGAAGACAUGACACAGUGGGAGAAGGAAUCUUCCCAUCCAGGGGUUCAGUGGAUACAUUAAUAAAUCAUGACUUUGAGCAUUCCCUCUCAAAACAUAAAGAACCGGAAGAGGUUCAGGGCAGUGCUGAUGUAGCCCUGUCAAUAAAGUGUGAUGACAAAGUCAUGACAGUAGCUGUAGAAAAAGACUCUCUGCAGGCUAGCGGCUACACAAGGACAGAACUCUCGCUGCUGGAUCACUCUUGCAAAGCCAGGAUGAAUGGUACCCAUUUCAUUUUGGAGUCUUCGCUGAACAAAUGCGGGACUCGGACAGCGUAUAUCUUGAACAAGAUUGUUUAUUUUAACUCUAUUGUCAUUCAGCUGUCAUCACCAGCUGAAAGCAGCGGCUUUGAUGAUGAUGACAUGGAAUCAGGUGAUAAUGGAUUUCCAGGGGAUGCUGACGAGGGAGAUGUUGCUUUCUUGAGCUGGCCUGCAAUCGCGUUUAAUUGCACGCUGCACCAGCCAGAGGAUGACAGAGGCAUGUUCUGGCCUCCUGAACCGCACAUCACCAAUGUGACCUUCAACAUGGAGCUGUACAAAACAGAUCUGUUCCUUGCUCCCUCCCAAGGGCUCUUCUCUGUUGCUGAGAAUGGGCCAAUAUAUGUAGAGGUGUCUGUGACUAAAGCUGACAGAUCCUUGGGCUUUGCCAUUCAAACGUGCUUUGUUUCCCCGUUUUCAAAUCCAGAUAGAAUGUCUGACUACACCAUUAUAGAAAACAUUUGUCCUAAAGAUGAAUCCGUUAAAUUCUACAGCAUUGAGAAGGUGAACUUUCCGAUACCACAUGCACAGAAGGACAAAAAAAGAUUUAGCUUUGUGUUUAAACCAAUGUUCAACAUCUCACUGCUCUUUCUUCACUGUGAGUUGACUUUGUGUACAAAUAAAGACAAAGAUACUCAAGGACUGCCAAAGUGCAUUCCUCCUGAUGAAGCUUGCACCUCUCUCAAUGUGGAUAUGAUCUUGGCCAUGAUGCACAACAAGAAAACCUUCACCAAGCCCCUUGUUGUAAUAACACAUGAAGGAAGACCAGAAGAUCCUUCCCUUCCAAAGCCAAAUGUGAGACAGCCACCUGUGUUCUACGGUCUGGACACGCUGACGGUCGUGGGCAUUGCCUUUGCGGCAUUUGUCAUUGGAGCCCUGCUAACAGGAGCGCUCUGGUUUAUCUACUCUCACACAGGGGAAACGGCGGGAAGGCAGCAGGUCCCUACGUCCCCAGCAGCCUCCGAGAACAGCAGCGCAGCGCACAGCAUUGGCAGCACCCAGAGCACCCCCUGUUCCAGCAGCAGUGCGACCUAACCCCGGGGGGAACACGCACGAGGAGCAACGCAGGGGUGCCGAGGUUCAAAGGACUGUGUGUGGACACGAGCUUUGUAAAGUUAAAAGGAUUGGUUUGGUUGCUUUUGAAAAAAAAAAAAAAAUGAGGAGGGAUUUUUCUACAGGGGGGGGAAAAAAAAGACUGAUUUUUCUUUUGGGGAAGCCACUGUGUGUGUGAGUGUGUAUAUGUGCACACGAUGCAUGGGUAAACACAGCCUGUUGGAUCUUCUAUAGCAUGUUGUGCUACAUGUGACAAAGCUACUAAUUUUACAGUACUGCAACCUGUUCUAGGGGUCUGUGGGCCCUCAAUGUGAAAUCUAUGCCAGUUUGGAAAAAUGCUGCUUUGUCUAUACGUUUUUAAAGCUUCUCAUUGACACAAGGUAUUCGUUAAGGGAAUUCAACAAGAUAAGCAGAACAAAGAUGAUCUUAGGUCAAAGGAUUUCUAUUUCUCUAAGCAAGAAAGCCUCAAGGUCAGGUCUCUUUGGUAAAUAACAUUUUAUUACUUCAGCUAUGUUUAGCCACUUUUGAGUAACCUUCCUUUUGUUAAGCUUUUAGCUACAGCAUCUCAUUUGCUUUCCUUUGUUGUGUUUGCAGAUUCAGGUUUGUUCCAGGUAUUUUUGUUUCAAUAUGCAUUGAAUUGCUAAUUGGAGAAGAGCACACUCUAACAUUCCCUUUCUUGUUCUCUGGGCCAAAGCUCUUUACUAAGAGAUUUUUUUUUUUUUUUAAUCUACUAUACCAAAUGCAUACACACACAAAAA